UUGCUAAUUGUAUGGUCUUGGGUGCCAAGUGCUUAUAUAAUGUAGGUCUACCUGUUUGAGCUCCUGUUUGAUUCGAUUUGCUUUCUCAGGGGGAGGCUGUACAGUCUUGCCCUCGACCUGUGUCUGUUCAGAUAGGACAGGUUAAGCCUGAUGCAGAGGCUAUUGCCGGUGUAUAUUAGGUAAAUCUAUUUGUAUAUUUUGUAUGAUAUGGCGCUUUCACCAUUGGAUCACCAAGGUGUAAAUAGGUCUACACUCUGAGCAUGUUGAGUGUCUUCUGCUGAUGUCACGCCCUUAUGACUGCUGCAAGGUCCAAAGGUAUAAUCCAAAGAUGUAGCCUGUGAGAUGGAAUAUCAUGAGAGACCUGCUUCUUUUCGCCAAGCCCGCCUCAACCCCUUUGACCGGGGGGAGGAGGGGGAGGGCGGACCCACAGGGGGUAAAACAAACCCUCAAGAUGAGCUGAGACCUGAGCUCUUCUCCUCUGAGAGCCGAAGCCAGAGUUUGGACCGAGCCAUGGACCUGGGACUGGCAGAGGACCACUUCUCUCGACCUGUCGGCUCGUUUGUAGCGUUGGACAUUGAGCAGCUGAAGAUGGCCAUAGAGGAGUGUAAGAGAUUAAUCCUGGAGCUGCCUGAGCAUUCAGAGAGACAGAAGGACACUGUGGUCAAACUCAUCCACCUACGCCUCAAACUACAGGAGCUCAAGGACCCUGAAGAGGAUGAGCCAAACCUGAGGGUGGUGUUGGAGCAUCGUUUCUCCAAGGAGAAGAGCAAGAGUGUGAAACAGACGUGUGACAAGUGCAGCACUAUCAUCUGGGGCCUCAUCCAGACCUGGUACACCUGCACAGGUUGUUACUACCGUUGCCAUAGCAAGUGCUUGAACCUCAUCAACAAGCCCUGUGUGAGGUCAAAGGUCAGCCACAAGUCAGAGUACGAGCUCAGCAUCUGCCCAGAGAUCGGGCUGGACCGGCAGGACUACCGCUGUGCCGAGUGCCGCACACCUGUGUCACUAAGGGGCGUGCCCAGCGAGGCCAGGCAGUGUGACUACACGGGCCAGUACUACUGCAGCACCUGCCACUGGAAUGACACCGCUGUCAUCCCUGCACGCGUCAUCCACAACUGGGAGUUUGAGCCACGCAAGGUAUGUCGUUCCUCCAUGCGUUACCUGGCCCUGAUGUUACCUCGGCCUGUAUUGAAACUGAGGGAGGUCAACCCACUGCUCUUCAACUUUGUGGAGGAACUAGUGGAGAUCAGGAAGCUCCGUCAGGACAUCCUACUGAUGAAGCCCUACUUCAUCACCUGUAAGGAGGCCAUGGAGGCACGGCUGCUACUGCAGCUCCAUGAUCGCCAGCACUUUGUGGAGAACAAUGACAUGUACUCACUGCAGGAUUUGAUUGACAUCUCUAGUGGCAGACUCAGCUGCUCUCUCACAGAGAUCCACACUACCUUUGCCAAGCACAUCAAACUGGACUGUGACCGGUGCCAAGCCAAAGGCUUUAUGUGUGAGCUGUGUAAGGAGGGAGACAUCCUGUUCCCGUUUGACAGCCACACCUCAGUGUGCCACGACUGCUCUGCUGUCUUCCACAGGGACUGUUUCUAUGACAAUUCCACAACUUGCCCGAAAUGUGCCCGGAUGACUGAACGCAAGCACGACGAUCCGCCGUAUCCGAAAGACACGUAGCCCUGUCGAUUUAACCCUGUCACUGUGACUGACCACCUGUAGGAGCGACCAUGGCACUUUUUCUUAUGUUGAGGACCAUCAAGACAUUUUUCUGACACAAACAUUAAUAGCUUUCCCUCUUGCUCUCUCUGUUUUUUUUUGUGGGGAUGUUUUCAAAUUACUUUGUUCCAGUUCAGUGGACUACGGAAGAUGGUGGUAGGAUACUAGAGUUUUAUAUGAUCCGGUAAUGAAGUGUUAUACUCUGAGACUGGCUGCAUUGUAUAGCCCACAGAAACACUAAACCAAUGUUGUUCAGUAUGUGUGUUACUGUGUGAGAGUACUGUAUGGGCAUCAUGUUGCAGGCAUGAAUUGCAAUGUGGGUCACAUGACUGUCUUUACCUCUUAACAAUCUAUAUCUUUAACUACCCUGAAGUAGGUGUUAAA